AUGUGCGCUGCUGGUAAGACGCUCCGUCACAGGGACGGUGCAUGUGGAGGACGAGUGGCCGGUAGAAGGGACCGCCGUGGGUGCCGGCGGCCAGCUCUCCUAGCAUCCACUCCGGGCCCUGGUGGCGAGCCAACCCGCCCUGCCACGGCCCGGGAGGUAAAGCUGCAUUUCCCAGAUGGCUCUGCCACGAGAACCUGCCAGCCGGGAGGUGCAGAAAGAGAGGCAGGUGUGAAGGUGCCCUUGGGCCGUGGAGCCUGGCAGCGCUGGCACCAGCAGCCAAUCCGGGCAGCUCCCCUCAGGGCUGCAGGGUCGGCCUUCUGCUCCUGUGGUGUCUGCGGCCCCAGGGGGCAGAGCUCCUAUCACAGCAGAAGUUUCGAGUGUGAGGCUGGGGGUCCCAGAGAGAGAGCCCCGCCACCGUGCGUCUGCACAAAACCCGGUUCCCUGGAGCAGGGCCUGUGCGCGGGGCCGCUCGUCUGGGGCCGGGCCUGCAGGACCGAAGCUGCAGGUGUGAUUCCUGGGAUCGUCGGCGGGUCGGCUAGCUCGGCCCCCAGCCGCGCCCCCAGCCUGCCCAGCGUCGGACAAGCGGAGCCGGGUGGCAGGAGCCGGGGCUCAGCCUCUCGGCAGCUGAGUUGGCUUCAUCGUAUCUGCAUCCGCCUCCUCUGUAACGUCUUCAGCGCCCCUCCUGAGAGCCGCGCCGUGAACAUCUAA